UGAAACCUAACUCAGUAGAUAAACUAUAGCCAUGGCCCCACCCUAACAGACAUGCAUUUACUACAGCUCUCACAAGAAAGCAAACAGCUUUAAAAGCAACAUCAGAGGUUGAACCAUGUGGAUAGAGAAUGACUUGGAUCCAGGGGUGCCGUGUCUCCAAAGCGGUACAGUGCCUGAGGAUGGUAAAGUAUACCGAAUGUAUCAUGGGACUACUGAAACAGCAGCAGGACAGAUAAGAAUGCAUGGGUUCCAGCCAUCUGCAAACGGCAUGUUUGGACGUGGUGUCUACCUCAGUCGAGAUCUCAACAAGGCCAGCAGAUACCCUCUUGAUAAACCCAAAGAGAGAGUUGUUAUUAGAGUGAAGGUCAAUGUUGGGAAAGUGAAGAAGAUUGACCGACAACAUCAUCCACUGCAGAAAUCCUGGCAUGAUCAUGGGUACGACACUGCCUGGUGCCCUCCAAACUGUGGCAUGGUCACCAGCGGCCUUGAGGAAGAUUGUGUUUGGGAUCCAAAACGAAUCACAGUCAUUGAUAUAAUUCCUCCAAGCCUUCAAAACAGUAUUCCAGAAGAUCCAGUUGAAGGAAAAGAAUAUACCAUGUUUCAUGGCACUUCAAAAGAGAAUGCAGAGAAAAUCAAAGCCCAUGGAUUUAGCCGGUCAAAACAAGGCAAACUAGGGUGUGGAGUUUACCUCAGUCGAGACCCAGAAAAGGCCUUUAACACCCCUACGCAUGUGACUAUACAUCAGAGAACUGUGCUGAGAGUGAAGGUCAAUGUCAGGAGAGUGAUAAAGAUUGACCGCCAAUGUCAUCCACUGCAGAAAACCUGGUUUUUCCAAGGGUACGACACUGCCUGGUGCCCUCCACACUGUGGCAUAGUGUAUAAUGGUCUUGAGAAAGACUGUGUUAGGGAUCCAAGCCGAAUCACUGUCAUUGAUGUAAUCAGUCCAAGUCUUCAAAAUAUUAUUCCAAAGGGUCCAGUUUAUGGCACAUCAAAAAAGAAUGCAGGUUUAACCAUGUGGACAGAGAGUGACUUGGAUCCAGGCGUGCCGUGUCUCCAAAGCAGUACAGUGCCUGAGGAUGGUAAAGUAUACCGAAUGUAUCAUGGGACUACUGAAACAGCAGCAGGACAGAUAAGAAUGCAUGGGUUCCAGCCAUCUGCAGACGGCAUGUUUGGACGUGGUGUCUACCUCAGUCGAGAUCUCAACAAGGCCAGCAGAUACCCUCUUGAUAAACCCAAAGAGAGAGUUGUUAUUAGAGUGAAGGUCAAUGUUGGGAAAGUGAAGAAGAUUGACCGGCAACAUCAUCCACUGCAGAAAUCCUGGCAUGAUGAAGGGUACGACACUGCCUGGUGCCCUCCAAACUGUGGCAUGGUCACCAGCGGCCUUGAGGAAGAUUGUGUUUGGGAUCCAAAACGAAUCACAGUCAUUGAUAUAAUUCCUCCAAGCCUUCAAAACAGUAUUCCAGAAGAUCCAGUUGAAGGAAAAGAAUAUACCAUGUUUCAUGGCACUUCAAAAGAGAAUGCAGAGAAAAUCAAAGCCCAUGGAUUUAGCCGGUCAAAACGAGGCAAACUAGGGUGUGGAGUUUACUUCAGUCGAGACCCAGUAAAGGCCUUUACGCAUGUGACUAUACAUCAGAGAACUGUGCUGAGAGUGAAGGUCAAUGUCGGGAGAGUGAUAAAGAUUGACCGCCAAGGUCAUCCACUGCAGAAAACCUGGUUUUUGCAAGGGUACGACACUGCCUGGUGCCCUCCACACUGUGGCAUAGUGUAUAAUGGUCUUGAGAAAGACUGUGUUAGGGAUCCAAGCCGAAUCACUGUCAUUGAUGUAAUUCGUCCAGUUUGAAUAGUCUGAAAUGUCUAUGAGCUGAGCAAUGAACAGCCUUACAUACAUUUAAUUGGUAACACUUUACAGUAAGGUUUAACUUUUUUAUUUUGAUGAAUAAUAUUCUUGAAGCACUGUAAAAACUAAAUACAGCAAAACUGUUCUGGAAAAGGUAUUUAUAAAAAUAAAUAAAGAACACAUAACAGAAA